GAAGCAUGAAUGCUCAGGUCGUGUCUAGAUCGCAUUGAAAAGACUGGUCUAGACGCACAAAAGUUGCUUUGUGGUCUGAUUGUGUUCAGAUCUGGCUGACCACUUCAGAAGGAUGCAUUGUGUGCGCAGAUUUCUCCUCAGUCUGGACGCAACCAAGCUACCGAACACGCAUACAGUGGGCGACGACAGUCAUCAGCACUCCUCCCACAAGUCUCCAGAAAACUUGUAUUUUGGGACCGAGAGGCACCUUUUCAUUAUAACGUUGGAGAAAAUACGUGUUUGUUGGCCUCAUAAAUGCUAACCAACAAGCUAAUAUUUAGGAAAAACUAUUUUUUGUUUGGCUAGAGUUGUGCAAACCCUUUUGCAAUCCCUUUAGCGUUGCUUGCCAUCUUGCUACAGAGGUUAUCUGGCUAGCUAGCUACAGUAGUUAGCUACUGCCAUCAGUAGUUGUGUUAUUAUAAUAUUUUCCCUAUUCCACCGUUUGUAGAAUGCAUACUGGCAUUUGAACAUAGCACAGGAAAUGGGAAUCCGGACACGGUAGACACAUUUAAAUGUAGGUGUAGAUGCAUGAUGAUUUCGGAAUUCCAUGAUCAUAACUCUAUGAUCGGAAUAGAAAAGCUGCAUGAACUGUCAAGUCUAGACAUUGCCUGAUUUAUGCAGAAGCCGCAUCACAGUAAACGCUGUAAAAACCAAUUUAUGCUUAAUCCGAAAUGUGGUCGUAAGUUUUUAUUAUGGAGGGUGUGACGCAAUCGCGGAGCCUCCAGAGUCAUGCAGAGGCCAAAUCAAGCUCCACACCGCAUCGCCAUGCACCUCUCAAAUUUUGUAACAAUGCGGAGGGCUCCGUAUAGCUCUGCAUUGACAUGAUUGAUUGACGUUUGGUGAGGGCGGGAGGUCCAUUAUUCACAAUAACUCCGCUAAGUAGAAGAAGUAUGAAAGCCCUGACGUCUGCGGAGGCUGCAUCACAUUAAACUAUGUAUGGCCAAUGCCGAGUGCAGACGUCAGAUUGACCAGGCGGAACAUUUAAUUGGCUAACGUUUCUUUCUGCCCCCUCAAAAGUUCAACCCUCUGAACUUUUUUUGUCAGUGAAAACAGAUGGACAUUUUCUGGAUAGGGACGUGUCAUCUCCGCUGACCGUCAACGUACGACUCCCAUUGAAAAAGCAUCGGCAAUCACGGAUACAGAUAAAAAUCAACGUGCCAGUUUGGCCACGCACUCAUUCAUUGAGGCGUUUGUGCGGUGAUAGUCUCUCUCUCUGGGUGGUAUCUGUAUCGAUUCUCGGACUUGCUACUGUCUUUGUAGCAACUCAGGAAUCGACUUGGUAGAGAUAAUGUCUACCUUUAACCAGGGGCAGAACGGCGACGAAACGUGGAAACAGCAGACCGUGUUCGUCAUUCUAGACUCGUCUGAAGCUGUGAAUUUGAUCAGUGUGGAACCUCUCCUGCCUGAGUCGGGGAUAGAAGUGGACAUAGAGGUCAAGAGCGUUCUGUCUGAUACCUUCUACCAGCUGAAGAGCCAGGCCUUUACUCAGAGCGUGUCCCAGCCCCCAUCUGACACGGCAUCUCCCUCCUCCGGCCCAGUGAUGACGUCCCGGGUGUUGAUGAGGCAGGAGCUGAUGCGCCAGCAGGCCAGGGACCAGGAGAGGAGAGAGGCCCAGCAGCAGGUCUCCUCAGCCCAGCUACGCAACACCGACUCCUCCCCAGCCAUCUCCAUGGCCUCGGAGCAUAGCGGGGCCCGACCACCCCCUGCCCAGGUCCCUGUGGAGGUCCUCAAGGUUCAGACCCACCUGGAGAACCCCACUAAGUACCACAUCCAGGCCUCUCAGAGACAGCAGGUUAAACACUACCUCUCCUCCACCCUGGGGAACAAACUGACCAAUCAGAUGCUGGGCGCCUCCCCCUCACCUCACUCCGGAUCCGCCCCCGAGCUCCAGCCUCCAGCCAGCAGCACCCCACUGCUCAGCUCCAACAAAGAGGAGAUGGAAGAUGUGAUCGAUGGCAUCAUCAGUCUUGAAUCCGGUCUCAACGAUGAGUUCUUUAAGUUGAUCGACUCUGGACUACAACUAGCCAACACGCUGCCAGUGUCAGGGAACAUGCUGGAUGUGUACAGCAGUGGAGGGAUGGUUGCUCCUAACAUCGCCGUCUCAAACUCCUGUCCUGCUGACCUGCACAACGUCAAGACUGAGUUAACCGGUACUGUGGUGGAGGCUAAAGCUAUGAUGAAAGAGCGACAGAAAAAGGACAACCAUAACCAGAUUGAGAGACGGAGGAGGUUCAACAUCAACGAUCGCAUCAAGGAACUGGGAGCUCUCAUCCCCAAAUCUAGUGACCCACCCCCCUGCUACGGAGACAGGGAGACGCGUUGGAACAAGGGAACCAUCCUGAAGGCGUCUGUGGACUACAUCAGGAGGCUGCAGAAGGAGCAGCAGAGAGCCAAGGAGAUGGAGAACAGGCAGAGGAAACUGGAGCACAGCAACCGCAGCCUACUGCUUCAUAUACAGGAGCUAGAAAUGCAGGCCCGCCUCCACGGCCUCUCCACCCCCACCUCCUCCUCCCAGGACUCCUCCUCCUCACACCUCAGCCUAUCACAGUCCCUGGACCCCAGCACUGGCGACGCCCUCUCCAAGACCCUCCUCUCCCUGAGUGGUGGCCCAGCCCUUCAGGCCACCUCCUUCCUGUCUCCACCCCCCUCGGCCUCACCAGUUGGCCUGAUGAACAUGGCUUCUCCUCUGGAUCUGGACUCUCUGAGCUUCUCUGAGCUGGAGGACCCGUCGGCCGCAGCCUUCCACUCCUCCCUGCUGCCGGACAUGGGUCUGGGGGACAUCCUGAUGGACGAUAGGGGGGUGGGGAUGUCCCCGGUGUGGGCCCGAGAGCCCCUGCUCUCCUCUGUUUCCCCAGGAGCCUCAAAGACCUCCAGCCGCAGGAGCAGCUUCGGCAUGGAGGAGGACUUGUGACUGAGUUAAAGGACCCUAGCCCCUACACUGCUAGGCAGGAGCAGCUUCGGCAUGGAGGAAGACCUGUGACUGAGUUAAAGGACCCUAGCCCCUACACUGCUAGGCAGGAGCAGCUUCGGCAUGGAGGAAGACCUGUGACUGAGUUAAAGGACCCUAGCCCCUACACUGCUAGGCAGGAGCAGCUUCAGCAUGGAGGAAGACCUGUGACUGGGCUGAGUCCAAAACCAACCCCUAGACCAGCGUUUCCCAAACUGGGUCCUCGGGACCCCAAGGGGGUGCAAGUUUUGGUUUUUGCCCUAAUUCCACACAGCUGAUUCACAUUAUCAAAGCUUGACGAUUAGUUGAUUAUUUGAAUCCGCUGUGUAAUGCUAGGGCAAAAACCAUAAACGUGCACCCUUUAGGGUCCCGAGGACCCAGUUUGGGAGACCAUGCCCUAGACCCUAGCUCCUAGACUCUACACCCCUAGUAAUUGUUUAAGACGCAAGGUUAUGUGUAGAUCAGUCAGUCUGCAAUGUAGUUAAUCUGGAACAUGACUAAAGGCCCAAAGCCCCUCGGAGGACUGUAGACUGGGGUGGAGCCUCCACAUACCCUGCAUGGCCCCGUCCACCAAUCACAGAGUGGGGUCAAAGGUCUUAGUUUAGUCUAGGGUUGAAACCGGGAUUUCUGGAAAACCUCAGAAUCAUGCAACCGUUGUUUUAGUUUAAUCUAGAUUAGAACAUCUAUGAAGACUUCCUGACCGUGAUGAUUCAAUUCACAUCUAUGAAGACUUCCUGACCGUGAUGAUUCAAUUCACAUCUAUGAAGACUGCCUGAUGAUUAAAUUCAAUGCAGCACUCCAUACUUUUUAUCUCCAUGCUUGUAAAAAAAAGAAAAAAAGAUGUAGAAAUGGAAUAUAAUCCAUCUAUGGGGAAGUCGAGCCAUUCUAUAUCAUUAAAGGAUCAAAAUGAA